AUCUGAGGACCACGCCUGCACUCUCACUCCAUGGCCGAACCCCUCAGAGAGACCUCAACAUGACAACGUCUUCGUCUGCGUCUGCAUCUGCGUCUCAUGCGGCCUCUGUGAUAGUGGCUGUGGUGGAGGGACGUGGUUUAGCUCGGGGGGAGAUUGGCAUGGCCAGUAUCAAUGUGAGAUGCCCAGAGCUGGUUCUCUCACAGUUUGCAGACACUGGAACUUAUGCUAAGGUUAUUACCAAGCUGCAUAACCUGAUGCCUCUGGAGAUUCUGAUGCCAGACACUGCUAGUGUGAGAGGACAAGGAACCAAACUCUACACCCUCAUCACAGAGACUUUCCCGUCAGUCACAUUCACUGCCGUUCAGAGGAAGUACUUCAAUGAGAAGAAGGGCCUGGAGUACAUACAGCAGCUCUGUGUCCCUGAGUUCAGCACUGUCCUAAUGGAGGUGCAAACCAAAUACUACUGCCUGGCUUCUGCAUCUGCCCUACUAAAAUACUUUGAGUUUGUUCAGAACUCAAUAUAUGCUCCUAAGUCACUGAAAGUGAUCUUCACCGGCAGUGAGCAGACAGCCAUGAUUGAUGCAAUAUCAGCCAGCAACUUGGAGCUAGUAGUGAACCACAGAGAUCACAGAAGUAAAAACACUCUGUUUGGGGUCUUGAACUACACUAAGACUGCUGGUGGGGAGCGACGGUUACGCUCUAAUAUUCUUGAGCCCCUGCUGGAUGUGGUCACUAUCAACUCACGCCUGGACACCAUACAGGAGCUGCUGCAAAAUGAGGAGCUCUUCUUUGGUCUGAAGAAUGCCAUUGCACACUUCCUAGAUAUAGAUGAUCUGCUGUCUGCUCUUAUUCAGGUCCCAAAGCAAGAGACGAUACCAGUGGCUGAAGCAAAAAUAAUGCAAGUAAUUCAGCUGAAGCAUACUCUGGAACUCGUCCCAUCAUUGAAGGCGAUGCUGUCACAUUCCAAAACAGCCUUGUUGGAAGCAUAUUACACCUCACUUGAUGACAGCAGGUUCAACAGCAUUCUGGAUCAGAUCAAAUCACUGAUUAAUGAUGACACCAGCUACAUGAAAGGUAGCUUGACCAUGCGCACGCAGAAGUGCUAUGCUGUGCGGCCCAAUGUCAGCGAAUUCUUAGAUAUUGCACGGCGAGCCUACACAGAAGUGGUAGAUGACAUAGCAGGAUUGGUGGCUCAGCUUGGAGAGAAGUACAGCCUACCCCUCCGGACAAGUUUCAGCAACACACGUGGCUUCUUUAUUCAAAUGAAGCUGGAGGGUGGGGUCUUACCUGGGGGGAAGUUACCAGAGGAGUUCAUCAAAGUGACCAGACAGAAGAACAACUAUGGGUUCACCACUGUAGACCUCAUGAAAAUGAAUGACCACUGUGAGGAGGCUUUGAAAGACAUUUUCCACAUGUCUUAUGUGGUGGUGUCCAGGUUAAUGAGUGAUGUCUGUGAACACAUCCACUGCCUGUACAAACUGUCCGAUGCUGUGUCAAUGCUGGACAUGCUGCUCUCUUUGGCUCACGCUUGCACUGUCUCAGAUUACGUGCGUCCUGAAUUCACUGAUACGUUGGCAAUAAAGCAGGGUCGCCACCCAAUCUUGGAGCGCAUUUCUGGGCAACAACAAAUCUCCAACGACAUCUACAUCUCUGAGGGAAGCAAUUUUGUGAUCAUAACAGGCCCCAACAUGAGUGGCAAGUCCACCUACCUUAAACAGGUGGCCCUCUGCCAGAUAAUGGCUCAGAUAGGGUCCUUUCUGCCAGCGGAGUAUGCCUCUGUUCGAAUUGCAGAUCAGAUAUUCACCAGAAUAGGAGUAGACGAUGACUUUGAGACCAACUCCUCCACAUUUAUGAUUGAGAUGAAAGAGGUUUCUUACAUCAUCCACAACGCAAGCACCAAGUCACUCAUCAUUAUUGAUGAGCUGGGGCGAGGCACCAGUCCCGAGGAAGGCAUUGGCAUCUGCCACAGUGUCUGUGAAUUCCUCAUCAAUCUUAAGGCCUUCACACUCUUUGCCACACACUUUCUUGAGCUCUGCCAGCUGCAAACACUUUACCCCAAUGUGGAGAACCAGCACAUGCAGGUUCAGCACGUCCGCACUGAAGAUGGCAGAGACAGGGUUGUCUACACAUACCAGCUCAGCCGAGGCCAAUCAGAGGAGCGCAACUAUGGUAUAAGAGCAGCGGAGAUUACCAAUUUCCCGUCAGACAUUAUUGAGGAAGCCAAAACUGUCGCAGCUAAAAUCAACCAAAAGCUGUGGGCCAAGCAUUACAGUGAUCCUGACACGGUCAAACAGAGGGCAGUCUAUCGUCAAGCCACCAGACUGCUGCAGACGGCCCGUAACUCACGGCUGGAUCCAGAGAGCCUACGUCAAUACCUGAAGGGGUUGAAGAGACGGUAUGAGGCUGAACUUCAAAGUGCUACAGAGUCGGUAGAGAAUGAGGAAUAAGGAACGGGAUGGAGGGGUUGGAAUAUAAGGGAUGGAUUUCACCUGUUUGAGAAAAACUGACAAAAUACACUUGUUGAACAAAGUCAGGGAGAUAGUUACUA